AUGGAUCCAUCAAGUUCUAAUUCUAAUGUUGGACAAAGUCGAUCCGAUAAUAGUGUCUCUUCAUUUGAUCUUGAAUUACUUGACUGCUCGAUUUGCUACGAGCCUUUAACAAUUCCUAUUACGCAAUGUGUGAAUGGUCAUACUACUUGCUCCACAUGCUCUGAUAAACUUGAGAAAUGUCCUUAUUGUGAAUUACCUAUUGGGGCGAUACGGAAUCUGGCCUUCGAAAAAAUCAUUCAGUCGGUAAAGUUCAAUUGUCGAUAUAAGAGCUGUCCUGUCGUUGGCUCAUCUGAAAUUAUUUAUGCUCACUAUAAAAUGAUGCAUAAUUACUUUGUUACUAAUUUUGAUUAUGAUAGCAAUUUUGUUGUUUCGCUUAGAGUUGAUUCUGAAUCUUUUGUUGUUUUACAAGAGAACAAAUCCAUUGAUGUAUUUGUUUUGAACAACAAAUCAGAAUCUCUUAGAAACGUUUUAACAUUGUGGCGUCUUGGACUGUCAUCAAGGAGCCACUGCCAUUACGUUAUUGAAAUAAAAUUUAGUGAUUCUUGCAUCAAGUUUGAAUCUAUUGCUGACAAUAUUCAAUCUGUUGAAACUUAUACUAACUAUUUGUUAGGGCUUUUUGUUGACAGAAAUCAUACAUCUGUUGCUGAUUGUUUCACAAAUUUGGUUAUCAUCGUGUAUGCUGAUACUUCAAUGCUUCCAGACCCCUUACAAGACGAUUCAGAUUUUGAUAUCUGGAAUCACAAAUAA